GCCCUGCCGGUCACGAUGUCCUCGCGGUCGGCGCUGGCGGCGGGGAACGAGCGGAACCCGGACGCGCUGGGCAGCAGCCGCUCGGAGAAGGGCUCGGGCUGGUCCAGCCGCUCGCUGGGCGCCCGCUGCCGCAAUUCCAUCGCGGCGUGCCCCGAGGAGCAGCCCCACGUCGGGAAUUACCGGCUCCUCCGCACCAUCGGCAAAGGCAACUUCGCCAAAGUGAAGCUGGCGCGGCACAUCCUGACCGGCAGGGAGGUGGCCAUUAAAAUCAUCGACAAGACCCAGCUGAACCCCACCAGCCUGCAGAAGCUCUUCCGGGAAGUUCGCAUCAUGAAGGGGCUGAACCACCCCAAUAUUGUGAAGCUGUUUGAGGUCAUUGAGACAGAGAAGACGCUGUACCUGGUGAUGGAAUAUGCCAGUGCUGGUGAAGUCUUCGACUACCUCGUGUCCCAUGGGAGGAUGAAGGAGAAGGAGGCGAGGCCAAUUUCAAGACAAAUCGUCUCGGCCGUGCACUAUUGCCACCAGAAGAACAUCGUCCACAGGGACCUUAAGGCCGAGAACCUGCUGCUGGACGCCGAGGCCAACAUCAAGAUCGCCGACUUUGGCUUCAGCAACGAGUUCCGGUUGGGCUCCAAGCUGGACACGUUCUGUGGGUCCCCCCCCUACGCAGCCCCCGAGCUCUUCCAGGGCAAGAAGUACGACGGCCCCGAGGUGGACAUCUGGAGCCUGGGGGUCAUCCUCUACACCCUGGUCAGCGGCUCCCUGCCCUUCGAUGGCCACAACCUCAAGGAGCUGCGGGAGCGGGUGCUGCGGGGCAAGUACCGGGUCCCCUUCUACAUGUCCACGGACUGUGAGAACAUCCUGCGCCGCUUCCUGGUGCUCAACCCCGCCAAGCGCUGCACCCUCGAGCAAAUCAUGAAGGACAAAUGGAUCAACAUAAAGGGCUACGGGGAGACGAGGCUCCCCAGCCCUCCAGGGGAGCCCCAGGAGAACUCAGGGAACAUCAGCGCAUUUGAGGUGAUGGUGGGCAUGGGCUACACACGGGAGGAGAUCAAGGACUCCCUCAGCACCCACAAGUACAACGAGGUGACGGCCACCUACCUCCUGCUGGGCAGGAAGAGCGAGGUGGAUGCAGGGGACGCCCGCACCGGUAGCACCCUGUCCUUAGCCCGGGUGCGGGCACCCAACGAGGCGGCCAAUGGCAAGAGUGGGACCGGGCACGGGAAGAGCCAGCGGGGAACCAGCACCGGCACCGGGACUGGGACCAGCACCGGGACCAGCACCUACCAUAGACAGCGGCGGCACAGCGACUUCUGUGGCCCCUCCCCGGUGCCGCUGCCCCCCAAGCGCAGCCCCCCCGGUGCAGAGGAGCGGGGGGGGCGCAAGGGGGGCAGUGGGGCCGUGGGGGGGGGGCGCGGGGUCCCCCCCCACCCCUCCAGCCCCAUGGUGAGCAGCGCCCACAACCCCAACAAGGCCGAGAUCCCCGAGCGGCACAAGGAGGGCGCCGGCAACGCCCCCAACGUGCCCUCGAGCGUGAUGGGGCGCCGCAACACCUACGUGUGCACGGAGCGGCCGGAGCGGGGCCCUCUGCUGCCCAAUGGCAAAGAGAACAGCUCCGCCCCCGGGCGGGGGCCGCCGUCGCCUUCGAGCCAGAGCCUGGCGCGGCAGCGGCGCGGGCUCGGGGGGGGGGAGCGGGGGGGGCUCGCGCCUCGCGCGUGGCUCCGCCUCCCGCAGCACCUUCCACGGGGGUCACGUGCGCGAGCGGCGCGCGCCCGCCGCGGCCACGCCCCCCGCCGAGAGCCCGCGCCGCUGCUGCCCCCCGACCCCCACCGCCGCCACCGCGCCCCCGGCAGAGCCCGAGCCCCCGGGAGCCUCCUCAGCAAAAUCACGUCCAAGCUGAGCAGGAGGGUCACUCUUGACCCCUCCAAGCGCCAGAGCUCCAACCGCUGCGUCUCGGGGCCGCCCUCGGCGCCAGGAGCCAAGAUCAGGUCGCAGACGAACCUGAGAGAAUCGGGGGACCUGCGCUCACAAGUUGCCAUCUACCUUGGCAUCAAGCGGAAGCCCCCCCCCGGCUGCCCCGAGGCCCCCGCGCUGUGACCGGGCCGGGGCCGCUGCUGCUGCUGCCGAGUGCCCGGCGCCUGCCCCUGCCCGGCCUC